AUGGCAGUAAAACGGUUGAAAAGUCUCGAGGCGAAGCUUGCUAGAGAUCCAGAGCUACGCGCCAACGUUCAUCAGCAGAUCCGUGAUUACGUCAAGAAACGAUACGCUCACAAGGCUUCCGAGCAGGAACUGGCAAGUGCCGAUCCGGACCGUGUAUGGUAUUUACCCAUAAACGUGGUGACAAAUCCUCGGAAACCUGCAAAGAAAAGGCUUGUGUGGGACGCGGCAGCCCAAGUGGAAGGUGUGUCACUGAACUCCCAGCUCCUAAAAGGACCGGACCUGUUGAACUCGCUUCCUUCAGUCAUUUGCGUAUUCAGGGAGAGGCCGAUUGCCUUUGGAGGUGACGUCAGAGAGAUGUUCCACCAGGUUCAAAUCAUCCCGGCAGACAAACACUCUCAGAGAUUCAUCUUUCGAUUUGAUCCUGCCCAGCCACCGCAGAUUUAUAUUAUGGAUGUCGCAACGUUUGGGGCAACAUGUUCACCUUGCUCCGUUCAGCAUGUCAUGCGAGAAAAUGCCCUUGAAUGUUCUUCAGAGUUCCCCGAAGCUGCGGCCGCGAUAAUUGACAAAACCUAUAUGGACGACUACGUUGACAGUGCCAACACCAUCGAGGAAGCCAUCACAAGAUCGACACAGGUGCGAGAAGUACAUGCGCGUGCCGGAUUUGAGAUGAGAAACUGGGUGAGUAACAGUCGCGACGUCCUACAUGCCCUUGGAGAAGCCAAGAUCCAGGAACCAGUCGUGAUUGGAGGUGAUACUCAAGACAAUUGGGAGCGUGUUCUGGGACUGAUAUGGAACCCGGAAGGAGAUUUCCUUUCAUUCUCAACUCGAUUCCAUGGAGACUUGGAUCCAUACGUUUCCGAGGGCCGUCGUCCUACGAAACGAAUAGUUGCUCGCUGUGUGAUGAGCCUGUUCGAUCCAACCGGUAUGCUGUCACCCUUCUCAAUACACGGCAAAAUGCUUAUUCAGGAUCUCUGGAGGAGCGGCACUAUGUGGGAUCAGGAUAUUCCAGAUGAAGAAUACGAAAAGUGGAGACGUUGGGUUCAGUUGCUUGUUGGAAUCAAACAGUUGAGAAUCCCUCGACCCUACUUUGGAAGCGCUGUCCCCAACCAGUUCCAUUCGCUGCAAUUGCAUGUAUUCUCCGACGCCAGCGAAUUCGCCAUGGGUUGUGCAGCGUACUUUAGGGCAGUGGAUGAUCGUGGCGUACACGUCGCCUUAGUAAUGGCGAAAAGCAAGGUGGCCCCGCUGCAACAUCAGUCAAUCCCGCGACUGGAACUACAGGCUGCGGUUAUGGGAGCGCGAAUGCUGAAGAACGUGAUGGAGUCCCAUACACUCACCAUUAGCCGAAGUUUCCUGUGGACGGAUUCCAGCACCGUGCUGUCUUGGAUACGUUCAGACAAUCGCAAAUACAAGCAGUAUGUAGCACAUCGAGUAGGGGAAAUUCUCUCACACACGCAGCUGACCGACUGGCGAUGGGUGCCCACUAAAGAAAACGUGGCAGACUGUCUGACCAAAUGGGGAAAACAUUCCGAACCCAAUUCUGAUGGCAUAUGGUUGAAUGGACCAACAUUCCUGUACGGAACAGAAGAAACUUGGCCCCAGCAACGACAGAUAGCUUCGGACGUCCAUGAAGAACUUCGGCCAUGCUAUUUGCUCCACCACAUUGCUAUACCGCAGAAACUAAUCAAAGCUGAAAACAUUUCGAAGUGGAACGUACUGCUUCGAACAAUGGCCAUGGUGGGCCGAUUCAUCAAUAACUGUCGACUGCGAAUAAGGGGUCAGCCGAUAGAGACCAUUAAAGCAACGAGUCAUCAGCUCAAGUGCUUGAAAAGAUCAAUUCCAGCUGUCAUCGUACCUCUUCAGCAAAACGAGUACAAACGAGCCGAAAUAAAUUUGUGGCGUUUCGCGCAGGCAGAUAGUUUCCCUGAUGAGGUAAAGGUACUUUUGAAGAAUCGUGAUACGUCUCCCGAAGCCCUGGUGAGUAUUGAACGUACAAGCCCCUUGUACAAGCUAUCCCCCUUUGCCGACGAAUUCGGAGUCGUACGAAUAGAAGGACGAACUGCGAUUGCUGGCUACGCUCCAUUCGACUCUAGAUUCCCCAUAAUCCUUCCGAAAGAUCAUUUGGUUACGUUUCGACUGCUGGACCACUAUCACUGCCGAUACGGACACGCAAAUAAGGAAACAAUUGUCAAUGAGGUACGCCAGCGAUUCUUCAUACCUAAUUUGCGAUCGGUAGUUGACAAGGUAAUGAGGGCGUGUCAGCGUUGCAAAAUAAGUAAAUGCAAACCACAGUCUCCACGGAUGGCACCACUGCCAGAACAACGACUGACUCCAUACGUAAGACCGUUCAGCUAUGUUGGGGUGGACUAUCUGGGCCCUUUGGAAGUCACUGUUGGACGACGGAAAGAAAAACGUUACGUGGUCGUCUUUACGUGCCUUGUGGUUAGAGCCGUCCAUCUUGAAAUAGCAUACGAUUUGUCCAGCGAUUCGUGCGUUAUGGCAAUCCGUCGGUUCGUUCGCAGGAGAGGGUCACCAGUACAAAUCUUUUCUGAUAACGGCACGAAUUUUGUCGGUGCCAACCGACACUUGAUGCAGCAGAUUAGAGAGAUCAACGAUAGAUGUGCCAACACGUUCACAGAUGCUAAGACCAAGUGGUCGUUCAAUCCACCGGCGAGCCCACACAUGGGUGGUGUGUGGGAGCGUAUGGUACGCAGCGUGAAGGAAACCAUGAGAGCUCUCGAUGACGGUCGCAAACUAAAUGAUGAAAUCCUGGUGACUGUACUGGCAGAAACGGAGUGGUUCAUCAAUUCUAGGCCGCUCACAUACAUGCCCCAAGAAUGCGGAAAUGAUGAGGCGCUCACCCCAAAUCAUUUUAUUUUUGGGAAUACGUCCGGUUCACAUGAACCGAUCAGGAGCUGUACUGAUCUUGCAGAGGCGUUACGCAGUAGCUAUCAACGAAGUCAAUACUUGUCUGACGCUCUAUGGAAACGGUGGAUAAAGGAAUACUUUCCUACAGUGAAUCGUAGAUCGAAAUGGUUCGAAGACGUACGUCCGGUUCAAGUCGGUGAUUUGGUUUACGUUGCAGACGGUGACCGAAGGUCUUGGAUAAGAGGGAAAGUCGAAGAAGUUAUCCAAGGACGGGACGGCAGAGUGCGCCAGGCCAUCAUUCGAACAGUCAACGGAAACGGAAAGCUCAAACGUCCGGUGGUAAAAUUAGCGGUGAUCGAAGUUGGAGAUGGUGGACCCGGAAAUACUCCUAAGACGCCACAUCCGGAUCCACGGGGAGGGGGAUGUUCCGGCAUCACUGGUUCACGAACAGGUAGUGAACUCGCCGAUACAAAGAAACUAGCUGUCAACGCAUAACGACAGAAGGUGUAGGUAGCAAACGUGAAACGUGGUGAAAUGACGAUUGAUCUAAUGUUUUGAGAUGCUGCAAAUGAUUAUAUAAUUUGUUAUUGGGUGAAGGGAAAUUCUUAAAAAACUUGUAAAUUACGCCGUACAUAUUCCUGCAAGUGAACUGUAGCAGUCUGAAUUGUCAGAGUUCGAUAGGACGAUAAAUCCUCAUAAGGGUUUGCUCAGGAUAGACCGCGAAUUUCAAGAUUGUGAGAAGACUAUC